AUGCCGGCUGACCUCAUCUCUGACCACAGUUUUGCAGUGAAGGCGGUUUUCCGGAUGAACACGCGGGUGCAGUUGGGCCCAGGGCUCUGGAGACUACCUGCAUACAUGCUAGACAGACCGGGGGUCAGAAAGGUGAUUGAGGCUGUGGUGCGGCAGGCAGAGUCAAGCGGGGAGGGCUUUGAGCUUCUAAUCUCUCGCCUUAACACCGCUUUGCGUGCGUACGCGAACGAGGAGCGGAAGAGGGUCAGAGCCACGAUGGCCCAUCUUCACCGGUCAGUUGCGGAGUUGAAGCAGGCCUGGAUGGGUGACCCGGGGUGCGCUCGGCUCAAAAGCUUGCUGGUUGAAAAGGAGGGACAGCUGAAGGGGUACCAGCUGGCUUGGCAAGAGAGGCUGCAUGUAAUGGCCGGGAUGAAGGAAGAAGUCAUGGGUGAAGUGGCUUCAACGCACCUGUCAGCAAAAAUCAAGGCCAGGAAGGGACGGACGCAGAUCACGGAGUUAAAUGCAGGCGGGAGACUGCUGAAUGACAAGAGCGCUAUUCUGGGGGCUGCGUCACAAUACUAUAAGGAGCUCUUCGGCCGCGACAGGAAGCAUGCUGAGUCAGCCUGGUCGCCUGCCCCUGGGAGGUCCUUGUCGCAGAGGUCGGCGGAAGCGGUGUGCAUGGCCUGGUCGGAGGAGGAAGUGGAAAAUGCCUUCCGCUCGAUGGCGAAAGACAAGGCUCCUGGGAAGGACGGGCUGCCGAAGGAGCUGUUCGAGGUUCACUGUGACAUCAUGGGCAAGCACUUCAUGCAACUCGUGCAGAAUUUUGCGGCUACGGCGACGCUGCAGACGAGCACGAAAGAGGCGGUCACCAUCCUGCUGCACAAGAAAGGAGGGAGAGAUCAGCUUGAGAACUACAGGCCGAUUACGCUUCUGAGUUUCACCUACAAAGUGAUUGCGAGAGUGGUAGCGGACAGGAUGAAAAAGGUGAUGCACGAGGUCAUCUCCCCGGAACAGUUUGGCUUCUUACCUGGCAGGAAACUGUUGGAUGCAGUGGGCCUGGUCGCGGAUGUCAUCGAAGCCGCGAGAAACAAGGACCACGACUGGUAUCUUCUGCUGGUCGAUUUCAGGAAAGCCUUCGACUCAGUAUCAAGGGACUUCCUGUUCACGGUGCUUGAGCGGAUGGGUUUUCCGAGCCUCUUCGUGGACUGGGUUCGGGGUCUGCACAAAGACACACGAACCAGCUUGUUAAUCAACGGCUGGUUGGGGGAUGCGGUUAAUGUGGUGUCCGGAGUGCGCCAGGGGUGCCCGCUCGCGCCAUACCUCUUUCUGUGCGCGGUGGAACCACUGGCUCAACAGGCGGCAGCCAGGAAGCUCGGCCUUGAAGGAGGAAGUCGGCGGCUGGCGUAUCUAGGUUAUGCUGACGACACGACCCUGAUCUUGCAAGGAGAGGAACAGAUCACGGAAGCAGAAAGGUUGUUAGCAGAUUUUGAGGCGGAAUCGGGUCUGGCAACGAAUAAGGAGAAGUCGUCUAUUUUACCGUUGGGACGAAACCUGAACAAGCAGGCCUCUAUGACGGAUGGCUUCAAAUGGGUGAAGGCUGACGAAGCGGAGCGGCUCCUGGGCGUGUGGGUGACACCGGCUGGCAGCUGCGCCCCCACCUGGGAGAAAGCUUUCGCUCGGAUCAAGGAGAAACUGCGGCAAUGGGAGACGCAGCAUCUCACGACGGGUGCCAGAGUAGCAGUAAUUAACUGCUACGUCUCACCGAUAAUCUUUUUCCAGGCACAAGUGUAUCCGCCGCCGGUGAACAUCUGGGGGAGAAUUUUAACGCUGGCGCACAACUUCGUAUCAGGAAAUCAUGCGGUCACUGACAAAAAAUUCAUUCUGUGGAGUCGGGAGCUGCUGUACAUGGCGAGAGGAGACGGUGGUGUGGGAGUGCGCGACCCUGAAAUAGAACUCACCUGUCUAGCGGCGAGGCGCAUCGGGCUGCUGUUAACGGAGACGUGCGAGCUGAAGCGGGACAUCAUGCUGGAAGCGGCUGACCUGCCGCUGGGGACAGAUACCUUUGCUGCUAAUGCGAAGCUCCUGAAGAGUUGGCGGGGUAAGAGCGAGAGAUGGAAGCUGGCCUGCGGGAGUUUUAUGCAGUCGCUGCUGGCAGAGUCGCUGCCGGUCCUGACGAGGGAGGAAAUGGUCACGGAGCGGAUCGUUUUUAAUCGCAAUAUUUUGCUCAACCGCAGGACUCCGGUUGGGGGCCAGAAGGCUGCGGUGAAGCUAUGGGAGCUUCGGCUGGGUGACCUACUGCUACCGAAUGGCGCGGGGGGCUGUAAAUUCAAAGACGGGAAAACCUUAACACAUGAGUUGGGGGGUUCAAAACAAGCGAAGCUAGCCUUACGGGCCUGGGAAGCUGUGCCGCAGACCUGGAAAGAGAGUCUUCUGUCUGCCGAGCUUCCGCAGCUGCCAUCCCCGCCUGCAGCUCCUCGUCUGCGGAAAGCGGCACUGUUCAAAGAUGGGCAGGUGGUGUCGUUGAAGGAGUUGAAGGGCUGUUUGACAAAGCAGGGGCAUCAGUCCGCCAAGAGGGAACUUUGGGCGGGCAGAUGGGCUGGUGACAUUGACUGGAAAAAGGUGAUUAAGAUUCGGGACUCUUUGUGUGCCCGCACUGUGGGGAAUUCGAAACUGUGGAACACUGCCUUUUCAGCUGCCCGCGCAUCCAACGAGUGGUGGGGGCUGUCAGACGGGCUCUACGUGUCCUGA